GCCAAGAUGGCGGCGCAGGCGAGCGCGGGAGCUUCGUGAGGCGCUGGGAGCACCAUGGCGGCGGCGGCGGCGGCGCUGGCGCUGGGCUGGCGGGCCUUGGGCCUGGCCGCGCGUCGGGCCCGGCUCCUCCCGGCCGCCUCCCCUCGCCUGGAGCCGGCCUCGGGCCGCGCACUGAGCCUGCGGAACUCGCGGCCACCAGGUGUGAAGAGGAAGCAGGAGGCAGCCCGUGCUUGCGAACGCCCGGACCCUCCGGAGCCCCCCAUGGCCGCCCAGGCUCGCCCGCAGAGCCGCCACUCCGCCCUGGAUCACCUGGCCGGGAUCGCCCCGGGAGAAGCGGAUCCGCCUCUGGGGGGCUCGGCCGCCCCGCCCGCCUGCGCCUUUCACGGUGAUCAUAAAUACUUGAUGUCCCACCGCCCAGAUCAGCCGAAGAACCCCAAAGUCUUGAGAGUGGCCAUUAUCGGGGCUCCCAACGCUGGCAAGUCCACCCUGUCGAACCAGCUACUCGGACGGAAGAUCCUGCCCGUCUCCAGGAAGGUGCACACAACAAGAUGCAACGCUCAAGGCGUCAUCACAGCUGAGGAUACCCAACUGAUUAUCUUGGACACCCCUGGCCUCACCACCGCUGCCAAAGGCAAAAGACACAACCUGGAAAAGUCCAUGCUGUCCGACCCAUUCAACAGCUUGAACGAUGCAGAUUUAGUGCUGGUCCUCGUGGAUGUUUCUGAUCGCCACACCCGGCACCAGCUUCACCCACAGGUACUUCGCUGCCUGAAGCAGUUUCCGCAGGUUCCCAGCCUCCUUGUCUUGAACAAGGUGGAUCUGGUGAAGCAGAAGGGCCUUCUCUUGGAGCUGGUGGUCGAGCUGACCGAAGGCGCCUUUGGAGGAAAGAAGCUGGGAACCCGGUCUCUGUACAGGCCCCCCAAAAACCCGCCUGCGGAGCCCGUGGGGAAGGGGCCGGGCUUGGCUUCUGAGCAGGAGAACGAGACCCCGGAGGGCUCCAAGGCGCAGAAAGGCUGGGCCGGCUUCCGGGAGAUCUUCAUGCUGGCUGCGUUGCAGGAGGAGGAGGUGGACACCCUGAAGAAAUACCUCCUCAAGCUAGCCCAGCCGGGUCCCUGGGAGUACCACAGCGAGGUCCUGACCAGCCAGUCCCCACAAGAGAUCUGCGCUAACCUCAUCCGGGCGAGACUCCUGGAACACCUGCCCCACGAAGUGCCCUACCUGGUGACACAGAAAACAGUCCUUUGGGAAGAGGGUCUGGCUGGGGAGCUCCAGAUUGUGCAGAAUUUGGAGGUCCCGAAGGAGAGAUACGUGAAGAUGCUGAUUGGCCAGCACGGCCAGGUGAUUGGCAAGAUCGCCACCGAGGCCGGCUACGACUUGAUGAACGCCUUCCUGUGCGAAGUGCAGCUGAAGCUCUCCGUCCAGCUGAAGGAGUGAGCCCUCCUGGCCAAGACAGAUCUCUGUGGACGCGGCUCCUGCCCGGCCAGAGCGCUAACUGGACUCUGAAGCCCCCUCCCUCGUGCCAGAGAUGGUGAUAGAAGUGGAGCCCCCUCCUUCCCAUCUCAGAGACCCCAAAUGAGCGAUGGGCAGAUGGCCGGCAGGUCCGAGCCAAUGCCGCCCUCUUGCCUCCUUGGUUGGCAGAAGAAGAAACGUGGUACCAUCUUUGUCUCUUUGACUUUUGUGAGUAUUGUACUCUUGCCCUGCCUGGCACAGAGGCUGGAAUCCCCUGCCCUUUGGAAGCACCUCUGGCAGAUGUUAGCCGCAGCUGGAAUAACUUCCUCCCCUGCGUGAAGGGGUCAGCCUUGUCAGCCAUUUUUCCACAGCCGAGGAAUCUCUCUCAACCCCGAUGGCUGCGUAUGGACGGCAGGCAUGUGAUGGCGCAUACACUGGACUCCCCCAUGGCGUCUGCGUGACCCAUUCCCAUCCAGAGGGAAGCGUGGCAGAGAAAGCCAAGGCUGGGCAUCCUGGCUGGCCCCGCUUGCCCCCGCCCUCCGUGAGUGUCCAGGCUCCGUUCCUCUGACCGGCAUUGAAUGGCAAUAAAAUGAGGCUCCCGAUCAGAGAAAAUGCCUUCUCCUCAGCUGGGAUGGGGGCAGGAGAGACAAUCCAGAAGAGGCGGUACAGGGAGUCCUCAGUUUGCAACAGUUCAUUUAGUGACUCUUCAAACUUUAUUUUUAUUUUAUUUUUAGUUUGAAUUUGUAUACCGCCCUUCUCCCUGAGGACUCAGGGCGGUGAACAGCCAAGUAAAAACAUCAAAUACAAAUAUUAAAAUACAAUUAAAAGAUAUAUAUAUAUAAA